GGUUGGGGGGUUUAUAUGGGGAAGCUUGCGUCUUCUAGAACACAUCUCCAGUUUUGCGCUUUUGACGAUAUAUACAACGAGAUCCAAAGUCGAAGGAAAUACGGAAUCCAACUUCAUACAUACCUGCAACAACAUAACAGCCUACUACCCUCGGGCUUCGUCUUCAUCAGCACAGUCUUGGACCCAUACAAAACAUCCUACAAUGUCACCACACUCGACACAAGACCCAUGUAUUCCCUAUGGUCGCGGCGGAGCAGGAAAUAUGCACCGUCGUUCCUCCAUAGCGCACACCUGGGCAAACAUCCUCUCCUCCUCAUCCUCCGCCUCCAAUAACAAACUCAUCCUUACAUCAAGUCCGGAAGACCACUACGCCGCGUCAAAAACAGAACGAAGGCGUCAUUCGAGCUCGAGGUCAGAAGGAGGCAGGAAGAGUAGUGUGGAAGAGGGGAGGAGGAGAAGAGCGAGUAGUCUUUGGAGUAGGGAGACGGAUAAGAGUGGGGAGCAUGGAUCGAGAUGGGGGAGGUUAUUCAAGAUCGGGAGAAAAGAGAAACAUCACACGGAUGGAGAGAAGGAUGUGGAUACCGAAUAAGUGGAGGGAAUAAGGACACGAAGGGCAUCAUUUAUUUCUGUUUUUGAGCGACGCGAUAUACACGACACAUCUUUCC